UCGGGGGAGGGCCGGGGCCAGGAAACGCGGCAGGAAGCCGGGGCGGCGGGGAGGAAGGUGCCGGGGCUGCCCUCCUCGCCGCUGCCCGUCCCCGGAGGGCCGAGACGUCCCCUUCUGCUCGGCUCCGGUGUGGAAAGGAGCUGAGCUGCUGAGAUAAUGGAGCUCAGGACUGUAGUAGCCACGGUGGAAAACGGGGAGCAAGACACAGUCCUCAAGGUGCUUCAGAUCUACAACCAGGAGAAAUCUCAGUGCUUCACCUUUGACGAUGAGGAACGGGAAGAGAGGAAGAAAAUGGCCCAGCUACUUAUCAAGUUCCUGGAAAGAGAGCUCCAGCCAUCCUGCCAGGUCACCUGUUUGGAAAGCAUCCGCAUCCUGUCCCGGGACAAGUACUGCCUCGAUCCUUUUACCACCAAGGAAGGGUUGAAGACCCUCUCUAGGCACGCUGGCAUCGAUUACUCCGAGGAACUCAUCCGGGAGGUCCCAGACUUGGACGUCAUCCUGGAAUCCCUCAAAUGCCUCUGCAACAUCGUCUUCAGCAGCCCUCGGGCCCAGGAGCUGACGGCUGAGGCUCGGCUGGUGGUGGGCCUGGCCAAGCGUAUCAAACUGUACAACGAGAGAAGCCUUCCUCACGAGGUCAAGUUCUUCGACCUGCGCCUCCUCUUCCUGCUGACGGCGCUGCGAGUGGACAUCCGACAGCAGCUGGCCCAAGAGCUCAGGGGCAUCGGCCUGAUGACAGACACCCUGGAGCUGACUCUUGGCGUAAAGUGGAUGGACCCCUACGAAGUUGCCACCGAGGAGGGACUCCUCCCGCCUUUGCCCCGGCAAGAGACAGAGCGAGCCAUGGAGAUCCUCAAAGUGCUCUUCAACAUCACCUUUGAUUCCAGCAAGAGGGAGGUAGAUGAGGAAGAUGCUGCUUUGUACCGGCACUUGGGUGCCCUCCUGCGCCACUGCCUCAUGAUUUCUGCUGAUGGAGAGGACCGAACGGAGGAGUUCCACAGCCAUACAGUUAACCUUUUGGGCAACCUGCCCCUGAAAUGUCUGGAUGUCCUCCUGACCCCAAAAGUCCGGCCCGGCUCGCUUGAGUACAUGGGUGUCAACAUGGAUGCAGUCAACAUCCUGUUGGAUUUCCUAGAACGCCGCCUUGACAGGGGCCACAAGCUGAAGGAGAGUUUGACCCCUGUGCUGAACCUGCUGACUGAGAGCGCCCGAGUCCACCGCCAGACAAGGAAGUUCCUGAAGGCAAAGGUGCUGCCUCCGCUCCGGGAUGUGAAGAACCGUCCGGAGGUGGGGAACUCGCUGCGGAACAAGCUGGUGCGUUUGAUGACCCACAUCGACACCGACGUGAAACACUGCGCAGCCGAGUUUCUUUUUGUGCUCUGCAAGGAGAGCGUGUCACGGUUUGUGAAGUACACAGGCUAUGGGAACGCGGCUGGGCUCCUGGCAGCGCGAGGCCUCAUGGCUGGAGGUCGGGAAGAGGGAGAGUACUCGGAAGAUGAAGACACUGACACAGAAGAGUACAAAGAGGCAAAGCCCAACAUUAACCCUGUCACAGGACGUGUUGAGGAGAAACUCCCCAACCCCAUGGAAGGGAUGACUGAAGAGCAGAAGGAAUAUGAAGCCAUGAAGUUAGUCAACAUGUUUGACAAAUUGUCCAGAGAGCAAGUCAUCCAGCCCAUGGGCAUCACGCCGAGCGGCAACCUGGCCCCCAUGGAGAACGCCAUCCGUGAUAUGGCUGACGAGAGGUCAUCAUCUGACUCAGACCUGGGGCUGGACUGAUCCAGACCUCUUGCCCCAGCCUCAGAGAGCUGGGGAGCCUCUCUCUGUUCUCCCUUCGGAACUGGUGCUGCACCCAGAGGCUAGUACUGGGCCAGGACUCUCCCUGUGGUGUCUGAAUCCAGCCUGGACCCUCACAGUCCACAGGGAAGAACACCUCCUGCCACCUCCCCAGCUCCAUAACCACCUCUCCUUCCAGGGGAUCGUCACGGCCUGGCUCUACCUUGGUCUCUCCCAUUUGGCAGCUUUGAGGAUUUCACACUCCAAAUUGCUUCCAGGACUUUUCAGUAGGAUUUUUUUUUUUUAAAUAUGUGGUUUAGGAAAAAGGGUCGGGGGGGAAUCUUUCUGUCAUACCAUCAGGGAUCACUAAUCUGCAGAGUAUCUUGUGUAUGUGCUGACACUUCUGUGGCUGCGUGUCAGCAGCGUGUACGUGUCCCUGUAUGUACAGUCAGCCCGAUGUGAGGGGAGCUGCUCCUCAGGAACGUGGGGCUGCAGGGGAGGAGUGUGAGCAGUUAUUGACCAUGGUUUUGGGGAAUGGUAUUUGUGGGGUGCCUCAGCAUCGUGCGCCCAUUUCAUUAGCAGGAAGCUGUACGUGUGUGUGUGCUAUGUGUGGCAGUGAGAGUGACUGUGUCUGUGCAAGCAGGGCUGCAUGGAUGUACUCGUGUGUCCGAGGGGAGCACUGGUGUGUGUGCCGUGGGGAGCAGGCAGGAGGGGAGGCCUUGAUGACAUUUCUAGUGUGUUCCCGUUGAUCACAGGAAAGAAACUUGCAGGUGACUGCCAGCAAUGCUCUGAGAUUUAGUCUGUGGCAUUGUGCAACAUUCCCAAUGCCACGGAGUUUAGGUUUUGGCAUCAUCAGCCUUUCCCAAUCUCACACUUCCUGAAUGAAAGGCCAAAAUACGUGCUUUGUGUGCUGCCUCCUCACCUGCCUUGGCUUUCCCAUAGACCCACUGCUGUUUGCACCCAGGGGCUGGUGUUGGUCUUGUCCUUUGCCAUGGCUUAGAUUUGUCUUUUUUUUCCUUUUUUUUUUUAUUUCUAAAGAAAAAUGUUUUAAAGAAAAUAUUCCUGUUUGUCUUAUAAGUUUUGGAACUCUUAGUAUUAGCACAAAUAGGAAUGCAAACAUGAUGCUAGAAUAAAGGAAACCUUCUGAUGAAUUUGCACAUG